CUGCGCUAUACGCCGCUACUUUAAAACCACAUGCUCCCCGUCCCGAGCAUGUCAGCUGGAAAAGUGUAAUUUAAAACAAUGAUUGAGUUUUAACCUCUGUCUUAGGACACUUUUCCCAUAAUCUUGACACGUUUCCCUCUGCGAUCAUCGAAUGUAGUUUUCUAAGGUGAAAUAUUUGGAUAAGCGUCAUGUAAUCUACGGAUGUGAUGUCAUCGUGGACACACGCCAGCCAAUCAGCGCUUGCAGUGCAGAAUUCGAAAAUUAACGUGCGGAAGUGUUGUGUGUGGAGGGGUAUGGUUGUCCAUGGUUUCUUCACGAUUAAACGUCUACGAGAUUGCAGAUAAACAAAAGGUACACCACCAUGCCGAGGGAGCGGGUAAACAAGAAGUCCUACCAGGAAAGUCUGCAGAACAUCAAGGGAAAGAUGAAAGAAAAAAGGAACAAGCGACUGUCCCUCGCUUGUGCAGCCAGCAGGGGCGUGUCCAAAAUGAAAAACAAAAUCGCCAGUAACAACCAAACUAUACUAAAAAACGUCCAAUCCAACAACAAGGCUCUGGCUUUGGCACUCCAGGCAGAGAAGGAGAAGGUGCGACAGGCCCACAUCAUCAUUUUGCAGAUGAAGAAGGAACAACAGGCAUUAAUGCUCCACAUCCUGCUAAUGAAGAAGAAGCUGAAAGACUAUGAAGCUCUAACCAAUGCGCGUGGUUUAACCACAGAGGUCUCUCUGGGUCAUCCUCUCUCUCUUCACUCCCUAGCCAGGAGUAUUCCGAAUUGUGACAGCAAAGACCCAAUAGACCCGCGGGAGCCUUUGAAGAAAGAACUGUGUUUGUAUUUUUUUCCUUUAGAUGCAUCUCCCAAUCCAGGCAGUCUCAUCAGUACUGCUUGCGGUGACCAGGCCAUGUUGCCGAGGACGGUGACAUCACGGCGACGGCGGCCCGAGAUCAGAAGUUCCGUUCGAAGACAGUCGCUGCAUGAGCAAAACAUCCCGGUGUUGUCGGAUUCUCCUGUGCUGAAAGAGAAUGGGAAUGCGGAUUUGGACAAGAAGCCAGCAGAGGCUGCAGCCCCACAAGUGCCCGUGGAGGAUCUGGAUGCCUUCUCCAUGGAGGUGAGGGCAGCUGAGCAAUCUACACCCAAGGCCCCCACCCGGGCUUGCCAGGACCCACAGAAGAAGCAGCAGGCGGGGCCCAAAAGCAGGCCGGAGAGAGGGCGGAAACCAGACCGAGUGCCACUGAAGAAGCCCUGGGAGAGCAGCAAAUCCAGGGCCCGGUCCAAGAGCCGGGAUCGGUCCAACACGAGGCGGAAGCCAACCCCUGCCGAGAAGCUUAAUGUGUCCCUGGGUGGAAACGACACUUUUGACUUUGACUGUGAGGAGAGCGUACACGUGACACCCUUCAGGGCUGCAGGCAAAGCUGCGGAUGAGAACGGCCCGGAGACGCCCAUCCGGCUGGGACCCACUGUGCCGGAGGAGGAUGGGGUGCCUUCCAAGCUCACCAGCCCGGCUCCAGUCCGCCCAGCUUCUUGGGACGCCUCGGACCCGGAGUCUAGCUCAUCUGAGGAUCAGGACGACAGCUUGUACGUGCCACGCAAGAGGACCAGGCAUCCUGCCGGGGCUGGGAGGGACAGAGCCCAGAGUCCGGCGCGGAGAGCCAGGUCCAAGAGGAGGUCUGCUGUGCUGCCGAGGGCACUGGGGAAGGAGAACGUCUCACCAAACCGGCUCCAGGCUCUGGCUCGUAAAAGUGAAAAACAAAGGAUUUUCCAAGCUGUGCCCUGUGAUGUAUUAGCUGUUCCUGCGUUUGACCCCUCGGAGGUGUCCUUCCAAACUGCAGGUCUUCAGCCUGCGGAGCAGGUGGAGGACAACCUCUCCGCAUGCAGAGGCGAGGAGAACACGGAGGCUCUGAUCCCCGAUGUGCCAGCCGUCGGGGAGGCUGUUCUUCAUGAAGAUGGUCCCCUCUGCGCGUUCACUGACCAGGCUACCGCCUCCCCGGGACUCGAGAACUGUAUCCCAGAGACAAUGCGGAAGAAGAUCAGAAAAAGCAGGCUGUGGGUCCGAGCCAGCUGCAGGAUGAGCCCGUGUGACGUGACAAAUCUCUCUUCUGCAGCCUUCCGAAAGACCUCAGCCGGUAGGCCACGCCCCUCCAGCACAGACUCCACCCCUGUGCUGGCCCGUAAGCGUCGCUGCACCAUCACCGUGGACUACAAAGAGCCCACGCUCAGUGCGAAGCUUCGCCGAGGAGACCGGUUUACGGACACCAAAUUCCUGCGCUCGCCCAUAUUCAAGCAGAAGUCCAGGAGGUCGCUGAAGAAACAACCGAAGCUGGAGAAGUACAACGAAUCCUUUGUUGGUUGUCGCUGAAAGGAAAAUGGACUUGGAGUUCUUAGAGUAAUCCCACUCUGUGGCUACCAUUCGAUUCUUCAGUCCACCGUAUUUGGCUUACAGUCAGCAGUGGACCUCCUCCUCUUUUCUUUUUAGAACCGUGACCUCAGAAACCCAUUAAGAUCCCUGUCUGGACUGGAGCAGGUUGAGUGAGAACCUUGUUACAAUUACCAUUCUUAAACACACCUUUCAGUGUAUCUGUUAUGCCUGCCGUUGUGAUGCACAGUAAUUUGUGUUUGGUAAAAUCUAAAUUCUGCAGUGCUGACUGGGUCAUGUGGCGCCUUGCUGCAUGAGAUCUCGAGCCCUUUUUGGGUUCAGGAGAGCAUGAGUGUUUGGUCUGUUCUGCACCAAACCAAUGUAGAGCACAUGCAGUCUCCUCUAAGUAGGCCAGCUUCUUAUUUUCUGAAAUCAAGUUACCUGUAACUAGGUAACAGAUAAAUUGAUUCAUAGCCAUGUUUUACUUUGGUUCUUAAAUGAUCAGUGCUUUUUUAAUUUCUGUUUUUAACAGAGUUAUUUCGGAGCUUUUUAAUUAAAGAAAUUUUACGGUGCCAUCUUUUAUAUAGUCUUCACACAUAAAUUCUAUGUGUCUUUAAAAGACUAUUUAGGCGUUCUGGGUGAAGUUUUAGCGUAUACAUUUAGAAAAGUAUGUUAUACCGUCAGCAAUGUGAAAGCUGUAUAAUAUUUUGACAUGAAUUAAAACCAGUACACAGUC